GAGAGAGAGAGAGAGAGAGAGAGAGAGAGAGAGAGAGAGAGAGAGAGAGAGAGAGAGUGAGUAGAAUUCUGAAGAUGAGUACGAGAGGAAGCAAAGCGGAAGGGAAGAGGAUUUUAAGAGACAUGAGUGAGGAAGAGGAAGAAAAUGAGGAUACAUCUGAAGAGGAAGAAGAUGAUGAUGAAGAAGAAGAAGAAGUGGCUUUGGAAAAGAAGCAGAAAGGCAAAGCUACUACUACUACAAGUAGUAGCAGUGGUACUGGAGCUUGUCAAGUGGAGAGAUGUACUGCAGAUAUGAGCAGAGCCAAACAAUACCACAAACGACACAAAGUCUGCGAGUUUCAUGCCAAAGCUCCUCUUGUUCGGAUCUCUGGUCUUUACCAACGUUUCUGCCAACAAUGUAGCAGGUUUCAUGAGCUAGGUGAGUUUGAUGAUACCAAGAGGAGUUGCAGGAGACGCUUAGCUGGACACAAUCAGAGAAGGCGUAGAAACACAACUCAAUAAAAAUAAAAAUAAAAAGACAUGUGAAACGUCUCAUGAACUACUAGGCUUUGCUUGCUCUCUUCUGUCAGUCUCUUUGUAAUCUCUAUGUUUCUCCAUAUUUGCUUGUAAUCUCUAGCUAUCUGCUAAAACCUAAGACAUCAAUAAAUGCAUUUGAAGGAAUCUGUAUCUGUUUUGCAACCCAUUGAGGAGACAGCUAAUAAUAAGCUAAGAAAAAAAUAUAUAAUCUCCUAGAAACUUUUGAUU